AUGCAACAGGCAAAGGACUUCCGAGCUCCGCUCAGCCGUUUCGAGCAGGAUGAGUCUGUCGACUACCAGCAGACCAUUGCGACAGUCCACAGAGUCCGCAAGAUAUUGAAUCGUCCGCUUACAUAUGCGGAGAAAGUCCUAUAUUCUCAUAUGAACAAUGUUGAGGAUGCGCACGGCCUCACACGUGGCUCGUCACAAAUCUUGCUACGCCCACGGCGUAUCGCAUGUCAAGAUGCGACAGCACAGAUGGCACUGAUCCAGUUUAUGUCGGCUGGUCUGGAGAAGACAGCUGUGCCAACAACAAUCCAUUGCGAUCAUCUUAUCGUAAGUCGGGAUGGGUAUGACAAGGACCUCCCCGCAGCACUAGAGGCACAUGGCGAGGUCUACGAUUUCAUGUCUAGCGCUGCGCAAAGGUAUAACAUGGGCUUCUGGAAGCCUGGUGCUGGCAUCAUUCACCAAAUUGUGCUCGAAAACUAUGCCUAUCCUGCAGGUCUCAUGGUUGGCACAGACUCGCAUACCCCCAAUGCUGGUGGUAUGGGUAUGGCUGCUAUUGGUGUUGGUGGAGCCGACGCUGUUGAUGUGAUGGCGGGUCUCCCGCUUGAGCUGAAGGCUCCAACAAUUCUUGGAGUAAAGCUUACAGGACAGCUUAGUGGCUGGUCUGCGCCCAAAGAUGUAAUUGCCAAAUUGACCGGUAUUCUGACUGUGAAAGGAGGAAAUGGGUCCGUUAUCGAAUAUUUCGGCCCCGGUGUGGGGACGCUCUCGGCAACGGGUAUGGCCACCAUUUGCAAUAUGGGAGCCGAGAUUGGAGCAACUACGUCGAUCUUCCCCUACAGCGAUGCGAUGACAGUCUAUCUCGAGUCAACAGGUCGGUCAGAGCUUGCUCGAGCAGCUCGCUCUGCAGCACCGGAACUUAGAGCAGACAAAGCCGCCGAGUAUGACAGAGUCAUCGAGAUUAACCUUUCAGAACUAGAGCCUCGGAUCAACGGUCCUUUCACGCCCGAUCUUUCUCAUUCUAUUUCGUCCUUUGGAGCACAGGUCAAGAAGGAGGGGUGGCCGGAGAAGCUAAGCGCUGGGCUGAUCGGCUCGUGCACUAACUCGUCCUUUGAGGAUAUGACAAGAGCUGCCAGUCUUGCCAAGCAGGCACUCGAGGCGGGUCUAAAGCCAAAGAUGGAACUUUUAGUUUCCCCAGGAAGCGAAAAGACCCGUACCACGCUAGAAAAGAACGGCAUUCUCGAUACCUUGGAAAAGGUUGGUGGCACUCUGCUCACAAACGCAUGUGGUCCGUGUUGUGGCUCUUGGGAUCGACAUAACAUGAAAAAGGGUACCAGGAACUCCAUAUUGACAACGUACAACCGAAACUUUACUGGCCGUCUUGACUCGAAUCCCGCGACACAUAUUUUCUUGACCUCACCGGAGAUAGUCCUCUCCAAGAUCUUCUCAGACGAUCUCGCAUUCGACCCGACACGUGACUACAUUACAACCGAUGAUGGCAAGAAAUUUAAGUUUCAGCCGCCUAGUGGCAAGUCGCUGCCAGACCGAGGUUACGAGAAUGCCGAUUAUGUCUACACCGGUCCAGUUCAAGGAGGCAGCUCUCAAUCCGUGGAGGUGCAGAUCAACCCCAAGUCUGACCGAUUGCAAAAGCUUGCUCCUUUCGAGGCAUGGAACGGUAGGGACUUCCUAGACUGUCCCGUCUUGAUCAAGACAGUAGGAAAGUGCACAACCGAUCAUAUUACGCCCGCCGGUCCAUGGUUCCGGUACCGAGGCCACCUCGAGAACAUCUCUAACAACACCUUAAUUGGAGCCAUCAACAGCGAGACAGGAGAGGCAAACAAGGUGCAGAACUGGCUCACAGGCGAGCAAGGAUCCGUUCCUGCUACUGCCCGCGCAUAUAAGGCCGCCGGUCUUCCCUGGGUUGUUAUCGCAGAUCAUAACUACGGCGAGGGUUCCUCCCGCGAACAUGCUGCUCUUCAGCCACGUUAUCUUGGCGGCGUUGCCAUCAUUGCCAAAAGCUUUGCGCGCAUACACGAGGCCAACUUGAAGAAGCAAGGCAUGCUGCCUCUCAAAUUCAUCAACGAGGCCGAUUAUGACAACAUCCAGUCCUCGGAUCGUAUCGGCAUUGCUGACCUGGCUACCCUGGCACCCGAAAAGACCGUCACGGUUCAGGUAUCUCCGACAGACGGCCGUGAAGCGUGGUCUACGGAGUUGGAGCAUACCUUCACAUCUGAUCAGCUCGAGUACUUCCGAGCGGGAAGUGCAUUGAAUGUUAUGGCUAGGAAGAUGACAAACAACCUGUGA